CGUGUGUGGAGGAGGAGGAAGCGCCCCGCCCCUUUCCCUUUGGCCCGCUGACCGCGCUUCCUUCGUCCUCGCGGGGAGUCCCGCAGAACCCAAUGGGACUGGCUUCCGUCGCGCGCCUCAGGCCCAGGCGGAGGGAGGGUAAAUGGGUUUGCCUGACGUUUUUCCUUCACUAAGGCAGUUCCAUGUCUUGCUUGGACUGCUCCUGUAUUCUACGGACACAAGUUGAAUCUAUUGAAGCUGAAAAACAGUCUGAAGCUAGCAGCAGUCAAGGCCUGACAGAUGAACCUGCUGUAUCUUGGGGACAACUGACUCAAAUAGGAGAUGAACACAUAUCAUGGUCCUCUGAAAUAUCCCAUUAUGAUCUCCAGGUGGAAAUAGGAAAGGGGUGCAACAAUUUAACUUCAAUCUACCUCGCACGUCAUAUUCCUACAGGAACCUUGGUGGCCGUAAGGAUUACAGAUCUGGAAAGAUGUUCUGAAGAGCACUUGAAAGCUUUACAAAAUGAAGUUAUAUUAUCCCACUCCUUUCACCAUCCUAAUAUCUUGACUUUUUGUGCAAUGUUCACUGCUGGAAGCUGGCUUUGGAUUAUUUCUCCUUUCAUGGCCUAUAGUUCAGCCAGUCAUCUCUUGAGAACUUACUUCCCUGAAGGCAUGAGUGAAAUUUUGAUUGGAAAUAUUCUGUUCGGAGCAAUUAGUGGCUUAAGCUAUAUGCACCAACAUGGGUACAUACACAGAAGUUUCAAAGCCAGCCACGUACUGAUCUCAGGGGAUGGUCUAGUUUACCUCUCUGGCUUGAACCACCUUCAGAGCUUAGUCAGCAAUGGACAGCGGUUAAAAGCUGUGUAUGACUUCCCCCAGUUCAGUACAUCAAUGCUUCCUUGGCUGAGCCCUGAACUACUAAGGCAGGAUAUGUAUGGCUAUAAUGUGAAGUCCGACAUCUAUAGCGUGGGCAUUACAGCUUGUGAAUUAGCUAAUGGCCAUGUACCUUUUCAAGAUAUGCCUCGCACACAGAUGCUACUACAGAAGCUUAAAGGCCCCUCUUACUUUCCCUGGGUGAUGAAUACUUUUCCGCGUGGGGAAUCCAGGAUAAAAAAUUCACGUUCAGGGAUCGACUCUGGGAUUGGUGAAAGCAUGACCCACACACUGACAAGUGAGAGACUGCAGACACCGCCAAAAACCUUUUCCCCUGCUUUCCACAACUUGAUAGAACUCUGUUUGCAUCAAGACCCAGAAAAAAGGCCAUCAGCAAGAGGUCUACUGUCACAUGCUUUCUUCAAGCAAGUCAAAGAACAAACAAAGGGCUCAAUGCUUUCCUUGUUGCCUCCUGCCAUCCGGGACACUCAGUCACAGAUAUCAGCAGUGGUACAUCCAGCAGCCAUCCGGCGUGAAUCUGGAUACAGUCUGCAAAAAGAGAGAGAGACAUAUUGGGAAUUCUAAAGAUACCAAAAAUUACCUCUGGCAUCUCUGUGUAAAAAUGUGAUUUUUUUUUUUUUGGCUGCUUUGCUUUUUAAAAAUACAAAUAUUUGUGCUAUACUUGAAAAUAUUAAAUAUGUGUAUAGUUGAUUAAAUUGAGGAAGGAAAAAAAAUCCCCAAAUGGUACUAUGUGAAUUGACUUUAUUUCUUGAAUAGUAAACUUGUCCAUAUGCUGUGAAGCAUAUUUUUUAUAUAUUUCUACACCCAAAGUGUAGUGGUACCUCUCUUAUAAGUCUUCCUUACUGAGGCAUACGAUAAUAUCUAUGCUAUUCGUAUCUGAAAUACUGUUUCUGUUCUAGUUAUUAUUUUUAGUAUGCUGUUAAUUUCCAUACCAACCAUCUUUUCAGUGUUUUUAGAAAGUUGUGCCUUCACUUACCUUUGAGAAGAUGGCACGGUGCAUAUCCCUGAGUCUUCAGGGGCUCUUCUGCCAUGUCCUACAAUAUCUGGAGUAACUAUUACUAUAAUCUGGAAUAAAUAGCUGUGAUCUUUUAAUGCAAAGCAUCUCUUGCACAACCUAACCUAGGAAACCUAAUACACCUAAUGUUAAUGAAAAUAGGAGAAUGAAAUUAUUUGAUCACGUUCUUUAUAUAUUGCUAACUAGUCCACAGCUAUGAUACUACUUGAAAUAUCACUAAUGAGGACUUGUAUCUAGCUAGCCUUUAAAAAUGGCAGUGUUUUAAGUUGAGUGUUUCAAGUGUGCCUUUGUAGGACUAAUGUAGCAAAAAGAAUCUAUAAAACUGACAAUAAUACUCUGUCGAGUAAAAAAAGAUGGAUACAAUAAUUCCAGCUGGUCAUGACUAUUAGAAGUCUGCUACCACAAACACAAUUAGGGAAAAUAAUGUAUUAUAAAUCAAGGUUGUAUUUUGACUUUUUGAUGUGCCUUCAAUUAAGAAGAAAAGUUCAAUUGACUGAAAUAAUUGAAAAUAAAAAUGCCAAACUGGCAAAACAUGGGCUUUUUGUUGUAGCACUGUGAAUGACCGAACAAAUAUUAACUUAACCUAAACCCAUAUUCUGUGUACAGCAUACAACUGGGAAUUGGGAUAUUAAGAAUUAUAUUUUAUUAAUGUACAUUUUAUUUAAUCCCGUGAAACAGAUGUUAGGUAAUUUUUUUUAAGUGUGUAACCUCACAAAUUAUAUCAAAUGUGAUACAACUAGCAUCAUAAGUGUCCUUCUGAUAGGAAACUACUGAAGUAAAAUUAUAUUAGCCAUCUUUUGCCAACCCAGUACUGAUAAAUAUAACUGGAAUAAAAUGCACUUACUUAAAAAAGA